UUUUUUUUUUUUUUUGCCAGCACUAACGCGUUUGAUUAGACCGUCAAUUAGAAAAUCAAUUUUUAAAAUUUUUUUCUCACUUUUUCUCUCAGAUCUUCCCACUUAUAUAGAAACGUUUCUUUUCUCUGGUACCUUUGUUUUUGUGUUGUUCCCUCUCAUUCAUAUCUUACCAAAACAGAUGGAGAAAUCCCAAGCACAGAAGCAGAACCAAACCCAAGACCCCAAACAGAAGAAGGAAAAACCUCAAGAACAGAAGCAAAGCCAAACCCAAGAGGCCAAACGAAAAAUACAGAAGACCCAAGAGGGCAAGCAUCUUGUAUGGGAUUGUGGUAGCACUCUUUAUGACUCGUUUGAACUCAACUCUUUCAAGCGUCAACUCGACACCGCAAUCCAUUCAAGAACCAUGUCCAUGCCUCAUUUAAUCGAUGAUGCUCGAUCUCCGUUUCCUCCUACCCCACAUUACUCUACUCUUCCGCCUCCAGUUUCCAAGAAGCAGCCUUCGAAGUUCUCUCGCUCGAUUCAGAAACUCUUCAAAUCCAUGUUCAAGUUCAAACAAACUUCGAGUUCUUCGGUUUUGUGGUUGAAACAAAGAUCGCACGAGGAGUACUACGUGGUUUACGACAAGACAGGUGCACUGACAACGAUCCCUGAGGUGCCCGAGAUUGAUUUUGGAGGGCUUUCACCAGAGAUUAACUCAUUGGUUGUUAAGAGAACUGAAUCAGAAAGGUUCACUGCAGCCUCGACUGUCGGUAUUUCAUGUGCUUAAUAUACAAAAUUUAAAGAAGCUAAUUAUACAGAAUAUAUAUCUGAAUAACGAAGAUGUGAUCAAAUAGUUUGUGUAUAUUUUGAUCGUAUCUCUAAGUUUUUUUAGGAAGUUUUCUCCUUAAGGCUACGUUACUUGAAGUUUUGAACUUUGACCCUUUCUUGUGAUCUAAACUAUGAUCAUCAGCUGUAUCUGUUUAAUCAAUAGAUCAAUAGGGUCAUUUAAUUUCUUUAUUUGUUUUCUUCCCUUUGUUUGGUUAAACUUCAUGAUUAGCCUCUUGGAUUAUUAGUUAAUUAAUCCCACAUGGGUUUAAGGGAUGAAAAAUUUUCUACCUACUCCAGUGACUGCAAUUCCUCAAGCCAUUUUCUCUGGUUAUGAAGUGACCUUUAGUUAAUGGGGUAGUGCUCAAGUAUGGAUCCCAAGUUUUGCCCAAUUGAAACAUGUUUUUGUUGCUGAAAAGCCAGAAAGAAAUCAUUUAUACAAGCCUUUUAUAUGGAAGGGUUAUUCAUUUGCCUUAUGUAUGGGGUCACUAUGCAUGGAAUUUCAAGAUUUUUUUUCUUAAUUUAUGAACCUAUGACCUAAGAAGAGCUAGGAAAUUUUCUCUUUGGCCUUUUCUGGAGUAUAAUAAUUUGCUUUUCUAUUUAGGAUCAGUACUUGGUAAUUUCUCAAAUAAAUGAACAAUUGUCACUUGUUACAUCGUUUUUUUUUUUUUUAUAGAAACGUCACUUGUUACUUUAGUAAUCAAAUGAUUUUAUAUUUACCUGUUCUUCCCCUUAUCCUUAGAUUGCAAUUUUCUUUAUAAAAAAAAUGCAUGUAGGUGUAUCUAUUCCGCCCAUGGCCCUUAUUA